AUGAAUUUAAAAAAAUUUCUAGCUCAACGAAAUUGGCCUUAUCACUUGUUUUUGCUUCACACACUUUUUGAAUUUUUCGAAUCUAUUUUUGCUGAGGCAAGAAAACAAAUUUCAAGUAAAAACAAUGCCGUUAUAAAUCAAAUCUGCGAUGAGAAACUUUCUGAAAAAGAAUCUGAAAAGUGUGUUGAUUGGUUGAAUAAUCAAAGCAAAAUUCUUGAAAAAUGUAAUGUGAAGAUUGAAACGGUUUUUUCUGCAAGAUUUAAAAACUUGUUGGACAAAUGGGAAGAUUAUUCAAAAAAUAUCAAAGGAAUAUUUGAAGUUGAGAUUGUGGCAGGUGAUGCACCUGCACCUUCUCCAGAAGCUCCGAAAGUUAGAAAGGUUAUAAAAAAAGUUCGUGGUAGAGAGUAUUAUCACCCAGAAAGUUUUGAAUACAACCCGGAUGAAUAUAUUUAUGACCAUCCUCGUCAUUAUGGCCCUCCUCGUCAUCAUGGUGAUUAUCGUUUUAUGCCUUAUGGCGAUUCAUUUGAAGUCAAAGGAAACUACCAUUACAAAUCGGGUCCUAAACGAAUCAAGUAUAGCCAUCAAGCAACUUACAAAUAUAAAGGAAAGUGAAUUUGAU